CAGAAGUACUUCUCUCUGACCCAGUCGUUAUGAAAUGUUAGUCUGUGGUUGUAUCUGAAGCCUGCGACGCCUUGUCACGCAGUUCUGUAGUGAAUUUCUUCAAGAAACGAAGCCUUAAUCAUUUACGUAACGAACAGUUUGUAUGUUUGAUCAGACCACAGAAACGCUUUGUAGCGGGAGAUUCUGAGUGAGCGAUGACUGUGGUCCAUUCUUGCAGCUAUCAUGUCAGCAGUUAGGAUCGCCCCGCCUCACAGCCAGACGGAUGGCAGAAGAAAAAACUCCAAAACAAUGUCUGCAGAGGUAUCGCCGGACUCCAAGUGUCCCAUCUGCUUGGAUAAGUUCAACAACGUUUCUCACCUGGACCGCUGCUUGCACAAGUUCUGCUUCCGCUGCAUUCUGGAGUGGUCCAAAAACAAGGCGGAGUGUCCGCUGUGCAAACAGCCGUUUCGCUCCAUCUAUCACACCAUCAAGUCGGAUGAAGACUUUCAGAAGUACGAAGUCAAACAGCAUGUGGACAAUUCUUCUUUUGGUUACUUUGAGGGCGUGCGCUUCAGAUACCGCACAACUCUCACUGGAAUCCAUCGACAGAUGAGAAGAACCUCCCCCCCUCCGGACAACGGCGUAAUAUUUGAAGCCUCGAUUAAUCCCCCCCAGCAGCGGCAAGAUGGCUACAUGCGGCGCAUGAUGCAGAGGUUGGAGGCCAAGAGGAGAGCCGAGAGGGAAGGCAGGGCGGUGACCAACGUCAGAGAGCAGGAGAUGAUCAACUUCAGGAGGGAGCUGUACCGCCGAGGGGCGAGGGUUCGAAGUGUGAGGGACGGUGGCUUGUCCCGAGACACUUCUGUUGAGUUUUAUCAAAGAAAUCCAGCCUGCCUGCACAGACUGGUCCCCUGGCUGAAAAGAGAACUGAUGGUGCUGUACGGGGCCCACGGCUCCUUGGUCAACAUAGUUCAGCACAUCAUCAUGUCACGUAUCACACGGUACGAUAUGGAGGACGGAGCUAUUCAGGAAGAGCUCAGGCCGUUCCUGCAGGGACGAACAGAGCACUUCUUACACGAGUUCAUCAGUUUUGCAAGGUCCCCCUUCAACAUGGAGGCCUACGACCAGCAUGCUGUUUAUGACUGCCCAGCCCCCUCCUCCAGUGAAGACGGCAGCUCCAACUCUUCUGUAAUCGCCAUCUCUGAAGAUGAGGACAACUCUGCAGAGAUGGGCCGUCCAGAAGACGCCACGUCAGCUCUGAGCCACUCUGUGUGGGACGACGAGACACCUGGACCAUCGUAUUCCACAGGAGCAGAGCAGAGCGGGGCAGAGCGCCUGUCAGUUCUGGACCUGGACUCGGAGAGCAGUUCAGAGGAGGAGAGGCAAGAGUCUGAGGCUUCUCCGCAGCAGGUGAGGACACCGAACCAAGCUGACCUGCCUACAAGUGACCACGACGACGAAGGCUGUGCCUCUUUGGACAGCGACGACUGCGUUAUCGUCGGGUUUGUUAAGCCUACAGCAGAAAGGACUCCUGAGCUGGUUCAGCUGUCCUCAGACUCCGAUGAGUCUGCCUUUGAAGAUAUUAAAGAAGUGCCUCUUCAGCCUUACCACAUCCGUUUUACCAGCUGUAGUCCCGCUCCUACACAAAGGAGCGAUUCUAGUCGUCAAACAGAAAAUGUAGAAACGGAUCGCCUUCAUGGGUUGGAGUCGAAAGACGGAUGUAGCUCUUCAGUAUCCAGCAAAUCCAAGAAAUCCAGAAACAGUCAAACGGAUAAAGAUCACAGGAGGCGGCACAAAUCAAAGGACGGGGACCGCAGGAGGGAGAGGAGGCGCUCCAAAAGUGGAGAGCGCAGGCACUCCAGCAGAAGCCCCGUGAGCUCCAACAGCAUUGUCAGCUGUCAUUCCUCUGAAACAGCUUGUUCUCAUUCCCAUGGCAAAGACUUCUCCAAAUGUGACCCAGUCUACAGAAGGAGGGACCGGGACCACUGCUACCAGUCCUACAGCCACUACAGACGAGAGAAGCAUGGGGGCGUGACGCAUUUCACACACAGACGGUCCUACUAUUUCAGCAGCCGCAGGUACUCUCGCUCCAGGAGCCGCAGCAGGGAUUCACAGAGGCAACGCAGGAGAUGGUCCCGGUCCAGGAGCUCUUCCAGCAGUCGCUCCCCUUCGACGAAGAGGAGGCCUCACCAUAAGCCAGGAGGGAAACACAAAUACAAAACAAGACAUUUGGAGGACUCGUCCACGCACUUACCCCUAAACCCAAACGAAGAAGGCGACUCCGUAUCGUCAACAAAACACAAGAAGAAAAGCAAAGAGAAGCGUCGUAAAAAAUCCAAAAAGAGUGGCGGCGUGGAGCUCGCCAGGGAGGACAAGGAGCGUGACCGAGGCAAACAUCACAAGAAAAAGAAGAAGCACAAGAAAAGCAAAAAACACAAAACGACCGAGCAGAAAUCAAAGGCCUCCUCGACCGUCAUCACCAUCGACAGUGGCUCUGAUUCUGGUACCAAACAUGAACAUGUGCCCCUCGUCAGCAGCUGGGAUGGAAAUGACAUCACAGACGAACGAGCGAACCCCAGACCUGAGGACUAAUGGUCACAGUUAGUGACGGACGCUGCCACGAGUGUUUUAGGACCACAACGUCUGGUACGGAUCACCAGACCUUCACAAACUGGACCUUUGUGUUCCAGACACGUAGGUCCAGGUCAGUGUGGUUUACAUCAGAGGUGACUGCCAGAGUUUUAUAACUUUAAGUACAUGUUAAUAACACUUUUAUGUUUGACAUAACAACAAUAUUUAGACCUUUUUACAAACAAGAGUUCUUUGUCACUUCUGUAUCACGUGCUGAAACAUUUCAGGGAAAAUAUUUUAUGUUUUAUAAAA